AUGCAGACAUCCCAUCUCCUCGCCGUGGUUCUCCUUGCAGCUGGCGUCUUUGCCGACCUCCAUAAAACUGCCGUGUGCGUCAAGGACAGAACGAACAACCCUAUCGGCGGCACUCCGUACAGUCCAAGCUACAACUGGGUCAAGAACUACGAGAUCUUGCCCGACGAGACCAAGUGUGCUUGCGACAUGUACAAGGCGCGCAAUACUGGAAGCAACCAAUGGGACACGUGCCCUGAUUGCACUUUUGUGAGUCGUCCACCCCUUCGCCUAGUUUUCCACUAA